AUGGUGGCUAAAAAACAAAAUUGGGCGGUCAUUGGCCUGGCAGCUGUCCUGAUAGCUUGUCUGGUGGUAGGAGUAUUUAUGCUCCUUAGAGUCAGAGCCAGAGAAGAUGAAAUCACUAAGAAAAUUCGCGCAGCGAUGAAGGUAAUUGAGACAACAGUGCAAAGGGAGAAUCACGAUCUAGCAGAACAGUAUGUGAACAACAUUGAUGAUCUAUUGACUAACAAUUUCGCCCAUUGGAAUAGUAAUGCUGAUGUCUUAACCAAGCUUACGCUCUUUGCGAUCAAUUUGAUGGAAUUCGUGAUAGCUAACGGUGAGGAGGAGAUACCAAGCUACAUCGUAGUAGUUAGAAAAAUUGUCGAAAUCAUAAAGAACGAGCUUAAGAACAAGGUUUUUAGCAAGAUAAGCAUUCCUUGGGGAGAUACCUGGUUCCCGUUUUCAGUCCACGUCACCCGGCUGUUCAUUUUGUUCCAGUAUUUCGGAAACGACACGUCCCUUGGGUACGAGUGCCACAAGCAGAUCAUCAGAAUCAUCCCUGAGAUUGGAAUAUCAUUAAGGCCAGUUUCUAAACCGCAUAAAGAGCUCAGUCUGUUUUACAUGACAGUCCCGCGACUCUGUUCAAACUACAUGUUUGCUUUUAAUGAUUACAAUAAUGACCUUAAGGUAAAAGCAUUCAAGGAACUCCAACAGUACUUGCUGUUUAAACCAAUGACCACCUACAAUGUCACCGAAGGGUUCUACACGGACGAUUCUUGCAUUUACAGUGAAAACGUCGGCUCCUACGAGCUCCUAAGACUCUUCAACAACUUCCACGACCGCGUGUACCGUGCCUUUGGGUUCUCAACUGGGGUGAAAGAAUAUGCGAUGAAAUUGCUACCCCAAAUCCUGCAUCCUAAGAUCUCGAUCGUACCACUUGGGCUCUUUGGACGCGAUGGGCGCAUUAUCAACUAUCGUACGUACCCUGUGACCUUCCAAAGCACUGGAAUAUUCAUUGCUCCCUUCAUUGGGUUUGGUGUCUUCAAGACUACCGAUCAUCUCUUCUACGUCCGGGUCCAGCGGCCUAAUAUCGUUGCUUACCAAAUCAAGAAAAGCGAAGGCUCCAAGGACUUGGCUCUAGGUUGGAUUCAACUGCGCAAGAUUUAUCGUCAAAGGGACCCUCAACUCGAUCCUUACAAGAAAGAAAUCACCUGGAAGACACUCCAAGAUCAACCUGGGCUGCUGACAUUUAAGAAUAAUCCACAAGAAAACGUUGAUCCUAAGACCUUCAAGGAGGACGUAGCUGCUGAGCUUAAUCAUUUCUGGGCUGAGCAGGUCAACUCCUUCAUUGGGCAGGUCAAUAAAGAUGAGACUGACAUGGAUAAGAAGCUCCUUUUCUGGAGAAACAGCUACAAUUUUCCUAAAGCUUAUAAAAAUAAACAUGUUGCAAUUACAGAGGUCGGCGUUGUCACUUCUAAAGGGAUCCAAGCUCAUUAUACGAUUGAUAAUCAAUCAGGUGAAGAUCUGAGGUUCAAUUACAAAGAUGAAAAGAACCCGUGGAGAGUUAUGAAAGUAAAUGGCAGUAAUACAAAUCCCUUUCAUACGGUGCCUAAUAAUACAGCCAACAAUCCCUCGAAAUUCACAUGGAAAAUGCUCACUGAAGAAGACGAAUACAACGUCAGAUUUGAUAAAAAUGUCAUGCACUUCACAUUCCAUAACACGGAAUACUCAGUAACAGUUGGAUCCAUAAAUGAGUAUUGUACGCUCAACUAUAACACUGGGUCCGAAACAUUUUACGCAAAACCCCAAUAA